UGCCUCUCCUCAACAAUGGCACGUAGUCUUGUAACUGUCCUAUUCGUUAUUUUGGCACACGGUUUUAGAACUUUGGCCUAUAAUGGAGUCAUUGUACAGAUGAAUCCAAUUGUAAGUCGACAUGGCUUUGCGAGAGUCGAAGAAAAUAUAAAUGAAUGGAGAAAAAUUAUGGAGGAAUUGUAUACAAAAAAAUAUAAUUAUUCCAUAAUAGUUUUCCCAGAAUACGGAUUAACUGGUAAAACAACCGACACAAGCUAUUCCAUCGAACUACCGACGAAUUUUCAGGAUAAAAACAAUUAUACAGAGAUCUUACGGAAACUGGGCUCCAUGGCAAAUGAACACAAUGUUUAUUUGGUGACUAACAUUUUGGAGCAAUUCAACAAACAAUAUUACAAUACUGUUGUAGUUUUUGACAGAACGGGAAGAAUAAUUGAAAAAUAUCAAAAAAUAAAUUUAGGACCGGAUGAGAAAAAUUUGACCGGUGGUUCAAAUUUAUCAAGUUUCACAACUGAUUUCGAUGUGACUUUUGGUUUAAUAACAAACGAAGACUUGUUCUUCAAAAAUCCUUCACAAGAUAUUCUAAUGAACGGUAAAAUAAAAGACGUUAUUGUACCAAUGAGUUGGAAUAACUUUCUGCCAUUUGAUAUGGCAACAACGAUUCAGUCUGGUUACGCAAUAAGUAACAACAUCACUGUUUUGGCCGCAAAUACAAACAACCCGGCUUCAGGAAUUAGUGGAGGAGGAUUUUAUGGUGCAAAUCAGGAAGUUUUUAUAACGGGUGCUAACGUAACAAAACCCGUGUACUUUGAAACGGACAAUUCGAAUGUGAAAAAAGGAAUCAAAGAAAGUUCUAUGGCGACCUUAAAAUUAGAAAACAAUAUUGCUGUUUAUAAAGAAUUCGACGAUUAUCAAAUGGAUACGGCAACCUUGAUACCUGAACUAAAUAGAGCAACACUUAAAAUGAAUGGAGCUCGUUGUACGACUCACAUAGAUUACAAUGAUGAGGCGUCCGAUCGGGAUAUAUUUUUUAAAUCAUCAGUAAUAAAUUCGAAAAAAACAAUAGGACAAGAAACGGUCCCCGUCAUUAUCUGUGCAAUUUACCUUUGUGAAAAAGAUGAUAUAGAAACAUGCGGAAAAUGGGUGGAGAGUUACCCCAACAUUCAAAUUCGUAAGAUAACAGUUAAAUUUACAGUGGAAGAAGCUAGUGUAAUUCUGAGGCCACUAACACUGGAUGGAAAUCUUGUUCCUCUAGAAAAUUACGCGUUUUCAAACAGAAGUAAUAUCUGGACAAUGCAAGGAGUAAAUAUGACUCAAAACGUUUUGGUAUUUGGUAUUGAAGCUAUAGGUGAGGUGAAAGAGAGUUCUGCUGUAAAAAUUAUCGACUUCUCUUCAUAUUUGAUUUUAGCAAUACUUAUUAUUUUCAAUUAUAUUUUGUAAAUUAUAUUUUAUUAAUUAACAAUAUUAUUUUUAGCAUAAUAAACAUAACUUGUGAUAAACUUUUACUAUUGUAUAAUUUAUUAUUAAUACUGCAUUGAAACUAUUUCUAUUACUCUUUAGUUGUAAGUUUGUAGGAUCCUAAAUUAAUAGCCACAAUUCACAAUUUUAAAUUUGGAGGUUCUUGAUGUUUUAUUGGAGACUUUAUAUUGUUCCAAAAGUUUUCCAAUCCCAUCGAUUUAGAUUCGAAUUUUACGCUGAUUAAUCGGGAAUUUCAACAUGUAGAUUACAAAUUUUUAACAACUUUGAACGCAUAGUUCAUAUCAUUAUCAUGCAUAAAAAUCUAACUGUAACUGGUAAAUUCUCGUUGGCAAAUAGUUCUAUUACAUCUCUUAAUAUGUUUCCUUCACCAUAUUUCAAAGUUUUUAUAGUGUAUCUAAGAUCCAAACUUUCUCUUCGCCAAAAUUAUGGUGGAUAAUUAAUAUAUUUUUUGUAAGCUUUGA